AUGGAGCGCCGCAGCAGCGAGCCCUGGGCAGCCCUCGCCGUGCUCCUGCUCACCACCGCUCUCCUGAAUGCUUCCUCAGCAGCUGAAGAAGGCACCAAUGUUUCAAGAAACUCCAGGGCUGAGACUGAGUAUGAACCACUGUGCCUUAGAGUGAACUUCUGCUCGCAAGCUGCCGUGUGCUGCCCGUCGGGCAUGGACGACUACGGCUGGAUCGCGGCUGCCGUUGGCUGGAGCCUCUGGUUCCUGACCCUUAUCCUGCUCUGUGUGGACAAGAUCACCAAACUCCGUCCCGACGAACCCAAGUAUUUGGCAGCCUGA